AGGUAACGUUGUAACAUUAUCUAUCAACCCCUCUAGGUUUGACUGAGGACGUUACAUGUCAAAGAUAUCGUUCAAAAUCACUCUCACUUCAGAUCCUAAUUUACCUUUCAAGGUACUAAAGGUUCCUGAAAACGCACCAUUUACUGCCGUCUUGAAGUUUGCUGCUGAAGAAUUUAGCGUACCAGCAGCAACAAGUGCUAUUAUCACAGAUGAUGGGAUCGGUAUAAAUCCUCAACAAACAGCAGGUGAAGUGUUUCUUAAACAUGGAUCAGAUUUACGGUUAAUCCCUAGGGAUCGUGUUGGUGGCCUGUGAUAUUCUUUUUCCCUUGUUUAUUGUGAUCACUUUGUAUGUCAUAUCUGUAUUUAUUUAUCUGAAAAGAUUAUUUGAAUCCUGACGAUUCCCACUUACUAUAAGUUUCCUAUGUAAAAGAAAUGUUGUAAUCAUGAUGUAUUUUUCCUCUUGUUAUGUAAGUGAUCGGGUACAUGUAAGACAAUCAGCUAGUCAUCUUGACCUCCCGCACAAAAGUUCAAAUAUGUUUGAACCCUUCUUCAAAAAUCAACACAAAUGAAUCUCCAAGAAAAUGUUUGAUAGUUUCUUAUCAUGCUGUUUGUUAUACUCCUCAAUCCUAACUAUGCAGUACAUUCGUUUGACUUUUUAGAUUCAUCUAAACUGCUUUCAGACUUUUGCUACUGAAGCACUUGAAUCCAAAAUCCAUCUGACUUCUGAAAAAACAUACAUUAAUUAGUCAUGAAUCUACUGUCAAUUCUUCAGUCAUCCCUGGAGUUAUUACUUUACUAGAUCUCUAAUGUGAUAGUCAGUCAGACCCUCUACAUUGGUUGAUGUUUAAUGAAUUAAGCUAAUUAAAGAUUGGCCAAAUGAUAUAUGUGCUUAGUUAUUCAAGAUCUUGUUUUCAACUUGAAAAGAU